AUGUCAUGCCCGGCUGAGCCUCUCACUGAGUCUCAAAAAGAGCACUUCAGACAACAUGGUUGGCUCAAGCUGAGCAACUGCUUUACCAAGGAACAGGCGGACUGGGUCACCAAGGAUGUCUGGACACGACUGGGCAUGGAUCCCAACGACAGGUCGACCUGGAAGCCGCGAACAAACAUGCCUCACCACCGCAAAUUCGACGCUUCAGAGUUCGCCCCGAAGGCCUGGGCAGCCAUAUGCGAGGUGUGCGGUGGAGAGGACCGCACUACGCCCGAGUCGAAGCAGUGGCAGGACUCGCUCAUCGUCAACCUCGGGAGCGAGGAGAACGAGGGCCGGGAGGUCGAUCCCAAACAGUUGGACAUCUGGCACGUGGACGGCGACUUCUUCGUCCAUUACCUCGACUCCCCGGAACAGGGGUUGUUGGUCAUUCCGCUGUUCACGGAUAUUGUCCCUGGCGGUGGCGCGACCUUCAUCUGCCCGGAAGCGAUACCCAAGAUCGCGAAGCACCUUCACGACCACCCCGACGGCGUCUCGGUGCGAAUGGUACCGAGAGGCGACCCGGAAUUCGCAAAGCCGACGAGCCUCGACUGGUAUAACUCGCUCGCCCGAAGCUGCGACGGGUUCGUCGAGGCCCACGGCAACGUGGGCGACGUCUAUCUGCUUCAUCCCCUCAUGUUGCACACCGUCUCGUGGAACCCUCUUAGGCGGCUGAGAAUUAUCACGAACCCCCCGGUCUCUCUCAUCCAGCCCCACGACUUCAACAGGCCGGACGGCGCUUAUAGCCUUGUGGAGCAGGCCACCUUGAGGGCCUUGGGCGUAGAGUCGCUGCCCGAAUGGAAGAUUACGGCUGCCCGGGAGAAGGUCGUUCCAGAGAGGAUCAAGGCGCAGGAGCGAAUGAAGCAGGAGGAAUUGAAGCGGCUUGCAGCUUUUGCCUCCUAG